GGGAUUACCCGCAGUUCUCAUUCAAAUGGAAACCUAUCGUCGCUCGCUGACCUUGAAGGCGCGGAAGCUGUUGCAAGAGGUGUUUCCCGGGAAGAUAAAGGAGCUGGGAGGAAUUCUGGAGGGACUGACGCUUGAGUUGGUGGAGGAUGUAAUGGGAGAAGCGGUAGUCAAGCAGGAGUGCUUGAAGGAAGAAGGGUACGGAGAUACAUGUGCAUACACCCCUCCCUCAACGAAGAAGCGCAAGCUGUCAUCCCUUUCGCCGUCAACAUGUACUGGAUUCGAUAUUUACGACGAUAAUCUGGCCAUUACCUCCGCAGCCGAUGCCGAGCUCGUGUACGCACCGCAUCCCUCGCUCGUCGCACUCACCACCACGCUCAGACACGAAUUGGCACUCCUACUCAAUGCAUGUUCCACACUGAGAACACAUUACAAUUUGUCUGCUUCGAGAACGGAUAUUGACGAGGAGGCUUCCACUCUCGAAGACACGCUACAACUCAUCGCGACAACGCAUACAUCCUGCGUCCAACAUCUAUCCUCACUCACUACCGAUACCCCUACUUCCGUUGAAGCCGACCGCAUAACGUACAUCCUCCACCGCGACCGCCUCGAAUGGAUCCUCGGGGUGUAUGCGGUAUUCCUAGACGUAAUGAUAGCGGUGUAGACGCAAAGAAGAAGAAGCAAACAUGUCAUCUGCGCGGUU